AUGUCGAUUCAAUCUCAUAUUUCAUUAAUUGAUUUAACAAAACAAUUUAAGUUUGAGAUCGAUGAAGACAUUAAAAAGAAAGUAUGUUUCAAUGAAACAUUGGUAGUUAGUUGCACUCACGCUGAAGGUAGUUUUAAUGACCAUUCCGAUUCUGAAACAUCUUGCACUGAUUCUUUGAGAAGCAAAGAAUCAGAAAAGAAAGAAGAUAAUAAAACAACUGACGAACGACCUAAAUUAGACGAGCCUGAACAGAAAAGUCACAAUGAAGAAGAAGAUGAAGAGAAUGAUUUUCAUUUUUAUUUUUUCUCAGAUUGUAAAGUACCCCCUCCAUCAAAAGACAGCAAAGAUAGCUUAAUAUUAGUAGACGGAUUUCCUAAGAUUAACUUAGCAGCAAAAAAUUUACAAUCAUGCACCUGUGAACUUGAUAAAUCUGGUAAGUGCCCCUGUCAUCUCAAAGUACCAUGUCUAUGUGGGAGUAAAAAGCAAGAUGAAUGUACUUGUUCUCAAGCUGAAAAUAUUUGCUUAUGUGAAGAAGGAGGUCCACGUUUAGUUUGUAAAUGCAAACCUAACAAGGUAUGUUUGUGUCACCCCGACGGAAUACCUCGACCCCGAUGCACUUGCGCUAAAAUUGAAAAGCCAUGUAUUUGUCAGUCUAACAAAUUUCCUUAUCCUGUUUGUGUUUGUGAAUGUAAGCCUGAUUUUGUUGAUAGUGUUAUUUAUCAGAAAAACCAAGAAAACAAUAGCUAUGAAAACGAGAGUGAAAUUGGACAUGCAGCCCAGGAAAGUGAGACUAGAGAAGAUAUUAUUGUAGACGAAGGGAAAUCCACAAAACUGCCUUGUACAUGUCAAAAACCUGACCCAAAACCGACUUGUUUUUGCAUUAAGGGAAAGCAGUGUUUAUGUGAACAAGAUAAAUGUAUUUGUGGUGUACUGCCUACAUGCGUUUGUGAACCUACAGACAAAGGAACCACUUGUAACGAUAAUGAGUCUAAGACAGUUUGUAACUGUUUCGUCGAACCAGAGUGCAAGUGUUACGCUAACUCGCCUGAUGAAUGUGACUGCUUUCCUAAGCCAAAAUUGUGUACCUGCGGUGAUCCUGAAAAUUGUACUUGCUAUACGACAUGCGAAUGCAAAGAACCUUGUCUAUGUGAUACUGCUCCGGUAAAACAAGAUUUCGUCUGUACCUGCGACGAAAAUAAUAAAAGUAUAGCUAAUGGUUAUAUUUGUACAUGCCCCUCUAAGAAAGAAGAAGUGAAAAUAUUGAAAAGAAAGAGAGCUGGUAAGCACGGUUAUAGGUGGUGUAACGACGUUGAUCCGAAGCAUAAUUUUUUUGGAUUUUCUUAUGGGAGAAACGAAAAAAUUUCAUAUAAACAACAAGAAAAAGAGAAAUUGAAGAUUUUAGGUCUCUAUGAUGAAUCUAAACGAAACGAUAGCAUCUGUGCAAUACAUGGCAAUAAGGCCCCGGUUUACGAAAAUAAAAUUCACAAGCCUUCGAUUGAUUGCUGCAGUGCUGUCGGAGGUAUUAGCAUUAGCGUAGAAACGCUAGGUGAGGACAAGGAUAAAUUUCUUGUUCAAGUUGUGGCACAUGCAUCUAAGGAAGGAGCUAAAAUUGGUUCAAAAUUAGUUAGCAUAUUGGACUGUAAUCUUCAUACCUUAGAAGAAAACAGGACAGAACAUAUAACAAAAAAGAAUAUAACGAAGGAGCACCGAAGUUACAUGACGAUCUGUGAGAGCGGCUAUUACAAUAAAGUGACGCGUAUUUGCGGCGAGCGACAUUUUGUGAAACGACUAUAUCACUCCUUUGAAGCGGCUCGCAAUUUUUUACUCGAAGGUGCUAAUGUGGUGCUACUACGUUACUUUGGAAUAAGCAGAUUCUGCGGCCAUGUUAAAACCGAUACCGUUCUGAUAAAUGGUACUAUUUGUGAAAGCGUUUACGUUUGCAUGGGCGUAAGUCAAGCCAUUGUUAAUGGAAAACCAUUGUUCGUUGUAAAAGUCGAGCGUCAUAUUAUUGAGCCUUCAGGAUUUAUUCAUCAAACAUUGACAGUUCUUACACUUAAAGGUUAUAUGGUGAGUCACGAGUGGGCUAACAGUAGCUACAUUUUUCAUAUUAACCCUUUGCUGCAAGUCGUUCCUGAAAAAGACGAGAUAGAGCCUCAUGAGCCGUUACGUGAGAAAUGGCGGAGCGAUUUACAACUGUUGUCUGAUUACCUAGAUUUCAAGAGUACACGGACAUCUGAAGGUGCACGUUACAUGGCGGAGAAUGGCGAACUGACCGGUAUAAUUCGUGAUUACCUUCAAACCCUGCUUCUUCUUCGUCCUAAUGCUGCUCUGCACUUUACUAGACAUUACUUUGGAUCAGCUAUUUCUUCACUCGAUCUUCCUCAUGACGAAUACUUCGACUCGUGCAAUAAACGUGUGCGAUAUUACUUCUUUGAAGAAUAA